AUGAAGAAGAAGGAAAAAAUGAACAAAUUGCUAAUAGCAUUUGGCUUAAUUAUUCUUACUGUGACACUGCCAUGUAUGUCACAAUCAGAUGACGAAUUCGACGACGAAUCCUCAGGUGCUGAUGACGGAGGAGAUGGUAGUGAAGGAGGAGAUGAGUAUGUCACCAAGGGGAAUUUGUUGAAACUGAUGGCAAAAAGAAAGAAUGCACUUCUCACGAAGCGUGCUACGACCAGCGUGAACCGCAAGCUUGGUGCAGAUUGGACGAGAAUCAGUCGUGGACAGACAAAGGUUGCUUCUGUGAUGAUAAAUUGCAUUCAUGCGUUAUCGAAAGAAAGAACAGUGGCAAGUUGGAAUAUUCGUAUUGUGCGCCUCAAGAAAUCAUUAAUAUACUUGUUUUAUGGAUGGCUAAAUAAAUGUGCAGCAGUUAUAAAUAAAAUCCGUAAAACGACCAAUGCUAACAACUGCAGAAUCAUUUUAUAA